CUCAACACAUCUACGCAGGAAGGGCAUACGCGGCAGCCCACUUUUCUGAGCCAGAAGCAAGUAACGCAAAUCUUGUAGUGUCUUUCUCCAGAUCCCACCCCCUUUCAAUCCCAUCUCGCUCUCUGCCUCAAAGUCUGUUUUUCACAAUGUAUGCCGGGACUUCAUAAGGACAGAUCACGCUUAGCUUUACUGCUUAAUCGGGAUGUUUAUCAACACACUGGUGUAGUGCGUGGAUUUAUAUAUUAAUCACCGAUUCUGGAAGUGGUGCGUGGACUACACAGCUUCCCCAGGCGGUCCCGCAGAGACCUCACUCCAGGCAGUAUUUCAGCCCAGUCCCAGCACCAUAUCCCGAUGUAAAUAUAAGCAACAUUUAUAUCGUUUUGCUUUUAUUCGAGAAACUCGCACGUGCAUUUUUAUUUAAAUAUCCUCAUCGCACCAGCUAAGGUAGUAAGGAUAGCCAGAGGUCGGAGACGCUGCGUUCAAUUGAAAAGUUUCAGGCCCUGUGAUGGGGGGAGCAAAGAGUAAGCCCAAGGACCCGGGCCAGCGCUCUCGCAGCCUGGAUGGGACCAUCAGCACCAGUGGCUCCCACUACCCCAAGCACCCCCACCCCCAGACACAGACCCCCCAGCGCAGCCCGGCCGGCGCCUCGCAGCCCUGCAGCAGCAGCACGGCCGAUCUCACUCCCUUCGGGGGCGUGGAGCCCAUGGGGGCUGGCCCGCUUGCAGGGGGUGUCACCACGUUCGUAGCACUGUAUGACUACGAGUCUCGGACCGCCACGGACCUGUCUUUCAAGAAGGGAGAGAGGCUUCAGAUCGUCAACAACACGAGAAAGUUGAACAGCAGGGAAGGAGACUGGUGGCUGGCUCGCUCUCUCACAACGGGGAACACUGGUUACGCUCCCAGUAAUUACGUAGCGCCUUCGGACUCCAUCCAGGCGGAAGAGUGGUACUUUGGAAAGAUCACUCGGAGGGAAUCGGAGAGGAUACUGCUGAACCUGGAGAACCGGAGAGGAACCUUCCUGAUCCGGGAGAGCGAGACCACAAAGGGAGCCUACUGUCUCUCAGUUCUCGACUUCGACAACACGAAAGGCCUGAAUGUGAAACACUACAAAAUCCGCAAGCUGGACAGCGGCGGGUUCUACAUCACGUCACGGACGCAGUUCAGCAACCUGCAGCAGCUGGUCACCUACUACCACAAACACGCAGAUGGACUGUGCCACUGUCUGACCGAGGUGUGCCCCACCCUGAAGCCCCAGACUCAGGGACUGGCCCGGGAUGCCUGGGAGAUACCGAGGGAGUCUCUGCGUUUGGAACUCAAACUGGGACAAGGCUGCUUCGGGGAGGUCUGGAUGGGCACUUGGAAUGGCACAACGCGGGUGGCAAUCAAGACCCUGAAAACAGGCACCAUGUCCCCCGAGGCCUUCCUGCAGGAGGCGCAGGUGAUGAAGAAGCUGCGGCACGAGAAGCUGGUGCAGCUGUACGCUGUCGUCUCAGAGGAGCCCAUCUACAUCGUCACAGAGUACAUGAGCCAAGGCAGUCUGCUCGAUUUCCUGAAAGGAGACACGGGGAAGUUGUUGCGGCUCCCCCAGCUGGUGGACGUGGCCUCUCAGCUGAAUACAAUUCCAGUAUUGACAUUGCUAGUCACACAGGAAGGUGAUGCUGUUGUUCAGGGUAUCGUCUUGCUGAUUGCAGCGGGCAUGGCCUACGUAGAGAGGAUGAACUACGUUCACCGGGACCUGCGGGCGGCUAACAUCCUGGUCGGGGACAGUCUGGUGUGCAAGGUGGCUGACUUCGGACUGGCUCGACUCAUAGAGGACAAUGAAUACACUGCCAGACAGGGUGCCAAGUUCCCAAUCAAGUGGACAGCCCCCGAGGCAGCUCUGUAUGGCCGCUUCACCAUCAAGUCAGACGUCUGGUCCUUCGGAGUCCUGCUGACUGAGCUCGCCACCAAGGGCCGGGUGCCCUACCCAGGGAUGGUGAAUCGGGAGGUGCUGGACCAGGUGGAGCGUGGCUACAGGAUGCCCUGUCCGGCCGAAUGCCCCGACUCGCUCCACGACUUGAUGCUGACCUGCUGGAGGAAGGAGGCUGAGGAGCGGCCCACCUUUGAAUACCUGCAGAGCUUCCUGGAGGACUACUUCACUUCCGCAGAGCCGCAGUACCAGCCCGGAGAGAACCUUUAGAACUGAACCCACUGCCAGGGGUCUACCACUAGAGCGCGCUAUUCAAACACUGACCCUACCCUGCCAGGUGUCUACCACUAGAGCGCGCUAUUCAAACACUGACCCUACCCUGCCAGGGGUCUACCACUAGAGCGCGCUAUCCAGCUGCUCCUGGGUUUAUUUCCAAUGAAUUUUAUUUUUGAAUGCUUGUAAAAGCAGGGAUUCCUUCUGAUUUCAGGUCCCUUUUUGAUAGGUGAUGCUGGGGCUGGUAUCUUCUCAACUGCAGUGUUUAGAAGGCUGCUUUGCUGAUCUUCGCCUUCCUGUUAUUUUUGAAUUCUGUUUUCUUACUCAGUUAUGCUGGUAAGUUUUGUUUCUUGAAUGUGCCAUAUUCUCGAAUUCCCUGAGGCCUGCAGGCACUGCAGGCAUUGUGUAAAAGAGCCCAAUCAGUCAUUCCCAGGGCCUGUUAAAAACCAAAACCUGAUUUUGCUGAUUUUUUUCCUUGUGACUUGUUAAACAGAAAGUGUGUGAGGGGUAUUUUUUUAACUGUAGUCUUCCAAGCUUGUGGUCCUGUACUUCCACAGUCAACAGGGACAUGGAGGUUGGAAAGCAGGCCAGCUACCCCAUGCUGCACUCAGUACCUUGCCUGGGCGAAUGGACAGGCGGUCACUUCAUGUCUGGGUUAAUGAACAAUGAUGGUGUUGGCACUGUGCUGACCUGACCUGGUUAAACUGGACUCUGGUGUGUGUGUGUUGUGCGGGGAUGUCACGGUGCUGACCCGACCUGGUUAAACUGGACUCUGGUGUGUGUGUGGUGCGGGGAUGUCACGGUGCUGACCCGACCUGGUUAAACUGGACUCUGGUGUGUGUGUGUUGUGCGG